UCUCUUCCUCACUUGAAUUUCUUUGUUUGUUUAUAAUGGGUUCUGAGAAGGACGUGAGUGUGGACGUGCAGUCUGACUUGUCUCUUCUACUCGAUUGUCUCAAACUUCAAAAUACGUCUAGAGACGCGAAGAAACAAGCACUUCAGACCGUGGCAACCAUUUGCUCUGACAAUGAAAAGGCAAGAGGUUUUUUCCUGGUUCAUGGUGGUCUUCAUAUCUUGUUGGAGUUGCUCUUUGAGUCUGUUGACUGCUCCAUGCAGAGAAUCAUUAUGUUCACUCUGGGAUGUGCUACAGACAGCAACAGUUGUUCUCAGUCGGAAUUGUGUAGUUCCAAAUUAUUUCCAUUCGUAGAAGGUCUACUUUGUGAUGAGAACAGGUCGGCAGACUGUUGCACGGCUGCUGCAUACCUUGUUGGAGUGACAGUAGCAAAGAACAAUUUGGGACAAACACAGGCCAGAGACAGCGGAAUACUGAAAUCUCUUAUUGACAUUGCAAGACGUCUGUCGUCAAAUGUGAUGCUCCAUGAUGAAAGAAACAAGUCUAGUCAGAGGUUAUGGGAUGGUGUAAUGGCUGCAUUGACUAACUGCAUGAGCAAUCCUCACAAUGAAGAGAACCAGAAAAUGUCGUCUCAGGCGUUUCCGGCUGUAGUAGCUGUUCUAAGCCAAUCAGCCGGGUACAGCAAGUCGUCAAUUAGCCAUUCUGCAUCAUUUCUAGCUGCGUGUUGCAGCUCUAAUGAACGUAACCAGGCACGUCUCAGUUUGGUGGGAGGUCUGGAAUGCUUGAUUCACUUACUGCAAAGCAUGUCAUCUGAAAAUGGUCCUUGUGGUUUGUCUGACCUCAGUGUGAUUGCAUCAGUGCUUAACACUCUAACUGCAGCUGUAGCUGGCAAUGAGAGGAGCUGCCAGUCUGUGACUGAUCUACAGGUCAUUCCACUUUUGAUCAAAUUUCUAAGUGUGGACGCAGAUGAGCAGUUUCGGUUGCAAGUGGUUCUUACCGUUGGCUACUGUAUUGAGUCUUGUGAAAAUGCUCAAAAGUUGUUUAUGUCAGCUGGGGGUCUGGGGCAGAUAGUGGAACAUCUUGCACAUUCGAAGAGUGAGCAGUUGAAGUUUGCCAUAACGUAUAUAUUGCAAUGCUGUCUCAAAUCUUGUGAAGGUGAUGCAGAUGUCAACGCCGUCGUCCAACAACAGGGGGAUCAAAUUGCUUCGCUACUUACUGAUGCUCAUACUGCACCUUCAUUGUUUAACGCUCCACCAUAUCGGUCUUCAAACAUAGUCACUAUGAAGGAGCCAAGUCAAUCUAGAAGUCAGAGCUUAUUCAAUGUCCCCAUGUUUGGUACAUUGUCGGCACAAUCAUAUGACAAAGAAGAACCUGAUGUACUGCUCUCUACAGCUGUCCCGUCUAUUCAUAAUCAAGUCCAGAAAUCGAGAUCCUUGCCUUCCAACUGCUCAACCCCAAUCUGGAAGCGAAGGAAGACAGAGUCUAGUACACACCUCUUUGCUUUUGCUACCCCUCUGCACUUUCGAAAACAUCCAUGUGUCUCUACUCCAUCUUUGCAUUCAGCACAUUAUUUGCCCUUUACUCCUGUUCACUCUGCAUUUGGUAGCACUAACAUAAGGAUGACACCUAAUUUUCGAACAAGCACUCCAAAGCUGAAUCUCAGACCUCCUUUGAAAGAGCUGCAGUUAGAGUCUCUGUUUGCCUCUCCCUCGCCACACUCAUGCAAUUUGUCAGCUGAAAACAAUGUCCUGUCAGUAGAUGGUGACAAUGAUCAAUGCCCUGCUUGUACACCGCAAGCAAAUAGACCUCUUCUUGACAGUUGGAACUUUGUCCAUGUUCUUAAGUCAAGUUGCCACACAUGCUCUGAUCAUCGUCAGAUGGUUGAAGAUCAUAAAGAAAUGGCUCGGCAACUCAGAGAACAUUCUACAAGAGACAGAAUCUCGCAUGGCUCGAUGAACAAACACAACAAGGCAUCAGUGUUUGAUUUUCCUAUGGACUCAGAUGAAUCUGUAUGCCAGCCAUCUUUUGUGCCUUUCUCGAAAUGGGAGCUACAAGAUCUAAAACGUGGUGUCCAAGUGUUUGGUCAGCGAUGGCAGGUGAUUCUGAAUGCAUUCAACUUUCACAGCUCUCGCACUGCAGCUCAGUUGAAGGACAAGUAUCGUAUGUUUCAGGAUAUGAACUAACAAUCAAUAAUCCAAUCAACCUGAGUGAUUAACAGGAUAUGCUUAUCUUCUCAAGUGAAGCAGGUCACACUAACAAGUUUCAAACUGACAAACAAGAUAUUAACUAACAAUCAAUAAUGCAAUCAACCCAGGCAAAGAACGGGAUCUGUAACACAUGUAUAUUCUACACUGUACUUUGAGAUAAUUGAUCUCAGAAUGGGAUAUUAUUAAACGGGAUACAUGUAACUCUGAAAGAAAUUCUUCAUGAAAAUUAUGUCCGGCUGCUAAUUCUUCAGAAUGGAGGAAAAAUGUGUGUGAACGAGAUAUACACGUGUACACUUAAGGAUAAA